AUGUCCACCUCUUCUUCGAACAACGCCUCUCGGUUACUUCGGAAAUCAGCUCUGAACGCGACACGAUUUUCCACGACGAAAACGCCGUGGUUUUUCGCGGCUGUUUGUUUUCUGUGGGCGUCGUUUUUAACCGUCACCAUGCUUUCGUCGAACGAACAAAGUUUAGAAUUCAAUCGAGAGCGAAUGAAUCGAGAAAUUGAAGCACGAGUGACGCGCGAAUUGGUGAAACGAGAGAAGAAGUUAAAGAAGAAGAAAUUGUUGGUUCCUUCAGCAGAUGAAGAAGAAGAAGAAGAAGAAGAAGAAGAAGAAGAAGAAGAAGAAAAUAGCGGUAAUAAGAACAACAGGGAGAGAAUCCGAAAAGGCCCGUUAGCCGGGGCGUACAGAAGUAGAAAUCGCCAAGCAGCAGCAUUAGCAGCGGAGAAGAGUGAUAAAAAUAAUGAAAAAAGACAGUUUAAAGGUCCGUUUGGUCGCGUGGAACGUCUCAUAUUCGAGAAAGGCCAGGCGAAGAAGAAACUGGAACUGGAACACCUGGAGAAAGAGAGAACGAGACGGGCGUUGGACGCGCACUUGGAAGACGCGGACGAGGACGAAGAGAAGACGCCGGGAGAUACGUUGGACGUGGAGGAGAAGAUACAAGAGGCGUUGGGCGGAGCGCUUGAGAGAGAGAAAUCGCACGACGAGGAAGAGGACGAAGACGAGAAAAGGAGACGAUUGAUUGAGAUGGAUGGUAGUGAUAGUGCGACGGAAAGCGAGCCCUUAACAACAUUUCCGCAAAGCAUAUACGGGCAAGCGCACUUACUCAAAGAUUUACCGGGCUUUCCGGAAAUGCCGCCGUUGGUGUUGAGUGCGGUUAAACCGAAAGCGUAUUUGUUUAGAAACUUUCUCUCGGCGGAAGAGUGCGAUCAUUUGAUGAAGUUGGCUAAAGCAGAGUUGGCGCCGAGUACCGUGGUUGGCGCCGGUGGUACCUCGGUGCCUUCCACCAUCCGAACUUCUGCGGGAAUGUUUCUUCGCAAAGCCGCGGAUAAAACUUUGGAAAAUAUAGAAUAUAGAAUAGCCGCGGCUUCGGGGACGCCCGAACCGAACGGUGAAGGCAUGCAAAUCUUGCGCUACGAUGUUGGUCAGAAAUACGAUCCGCACUUUGAUUACUUCCACGACGCGGUUAAUCCUUCGCCGAAACGAGGAGGCCAACGCAUGGCCACCAUGCUGAUUUACUUGGAAAACACCAAGGAAGGCGGAGAGACUAUAUUUCCGAGAGGUACGAGAGCUGAGACGUUUGAUUUAACGGAAGAAGGUAAUCCUCACGAGUGGUCCGAAUGUACCAAACACGGCUUACCGGUGAAAUCUGUCAAAGGCGAUGCCCUGUUAUUUUGGUCGUUGACGGAUGAUUAUAAACUGGACAUGGGAAGUUUACACGGCGCGUGCCCAGUUGUCAAAGGCCAAAAAUGGACCGCAGUGAAAUGGAUACGAGUAGCUAAGUUCGAUGGGAUGUUCACUUCUCCGUUACCGAUGCCGGCGUUAUCGAGACGCACGGAACAACACGGCAAGUGCGUGGACGAAUGGGACGAGUGCGCGAAAUGGGCGAAAGACGGUUGGUGUGAAAAAAAUAAGGACUUUAUGGUUUCGAACGGUGGCGCGAGGGAUAGUAAAGGCCCCGCGUGUCCAGUCUCCUGUAACGUCCCGUGUCCGGAACAAUAG